CCGGCGCAAGGGGCCGGAAGUUGUGGCCCGGCGCUGUAUAACCCGGGGGCUGCGGACUGAGAGUGCGGCUGAGACCGGGACCAUGGGCGGGAAGAACAAGCAGAGGACCAAAGGGAACCUGAGGCCUUCAAACAGUGGCCGAGCUGCAGAACUCCUUGCCAAGGAACAGGGGACAGUGCCUGGAUUUAUUGGUUUUGGAACAUUUCACAGUGACCUAGGCUAUGUUCCUGCUAUUCAAGGAGCUGAAGAAAUAGACAGUCUUGUGGAUUCUGAUUUCCGAAUGGUGCUGCGGAAACUUUCUAAGAAAGAUGUCACAACAAAACUAAAAGCUAUGCAGGAAUUUGGAACCAUGUGUACAGAGAGAGACACGGAAAUUGUAAAAGGAGUUCUUCCAUACUGGCCAAGAAUUUUCUGCAAAAUUUCACUUGAUCAUGACCGUCGGGUUCGAGAAGCCACACAGCAAGCUUUUGAAAAACUUAUCCUUAAAGUAAAGAAACACUUGGCUCCUUAUUUAAAAAGUUUAAUGGGCUAUUGGCUAAUGGCUCAGUGUGAUACUUACACACCAGCUGCAUCUGCAGCAAAAGAUGCCUUUGAAGCAGCUUUCCCUCCGAGCAAGCAACCUGAAGCCAUAGCAUUUUGUAAAGAUGAAAUUACAAGUGUGCUUCAGGACCAUCUUAUCAAAGAAACACCUGAUACGCUCAGUGACCCACAAACUGUUCCAGAGGAAGAGAGAGAAGCUAAAUUCUAUCGGGUUGUAACUUGUUCCUUAUUGGCAUUAAAGAAAUUGCUUUGCCUCUUACCUGAUAAUGAGCUUGAUUCUCUGGAGGAGAAAUUUAAGUCACUUUUAUCACAGAAUAAGUUUUGGAAGUAUGGAAAACACAGUAUACCUCAGAUUCGCUCAGCCUAUUUUGAGUUAGUUUCUGCUUUGUGCCAGCGUAUACCACAGUUGAUGAAAGAUGAAGCAUCCAAAGUGAGCCCAUCUGUUCUUCUUAGCAUUGAUGACAGUGACCCCAUUGUAUGCCCUGCUCUCUGGGAAGCUGUGCUUUAUACACUUACAACUAUUGAGGACUGUUGGCUUCAUGUAAAUGCAAAAAAAAGUGUGUUUCCCAAGCUGUCAGCUGUGGUUCGUGAAGGAGGUCGGGGUCUGGCUGCUAUCAUAUAUCCUUAUCUUCUGCCAUUUAUCAGCAAACUCCCUCAGUCCAUUACAGACCCAAAGUUGGAUUUCUUCAAAAAUUUUCUCACCUCCCUAGUUGCAGGGCUAUCAACAGAAAGAACGAAAACCAGCUUUUCAGAGUGCUCAGCAGUAAUAUCUGCUUUUUUUGAAUGCUUACGUUUCAUAAUGCAGCAAAACUUAGGUGAGGAAGAGAUGGAAGAGAUGCUCGUCAAUGAUCAGUUGAUUCCUUUUAUUGAUGCAGUUCUCAAAGACCCAAGAUUGCAAGAUGGGCAGCUGUUUAACCAUUUGGCAGAAACUUUAAGUUCAUGGGAAGCCAAAGCAGAUUUGGAAAAAGAUGAUAAAACAGCCCACAAUUUGGAGAAAGUGCUACUGAAAUUCUGGGAAAGACUGUCAGAGAUCUGUGUUGAGAAAAUCAAUGAGCCCGAAGCUGAUGUUAAGUCAGUUUUGGGUGUUUCUAACCUAUUACAGGUCCUUCAGAAGCCAAAGAGCUCCUUGAAGUUAAAUAAAAAAAAAGUUGGUAAGGUUAGAUUUGCUGAUGAGAUGCCUGAAAGUAAUAAAGAGAAUGAAAAAUGUGUCUCCUCAGAAGGAGAGAAAAGUGAAGGCUCUGAAUUAAUGGCUGAACCUUCUCUCACUCACAAUUGCUCAGACCUUAUAUCCCCCUUAAGGAAAAAACCUUUGGAAGACUUAGUCUGUACACUAGCAGAGAUGAGUAUUAAUUAUGUCAAUGAACAAAAGUCGGAGCAACAUCUAAGGUUUCUUUCCACUCUGCUCAACUUCUUCUCUUCAAGCCAAGUAUUUAAAGUGCUACUGGGUGAUGAAAAACAGAGUAUUGUCAACACCAAACCUCUUGAAAUAGCCAAACUUGCACAAAAAAAUCCCGCGGUACAGUUUUUAUACCAGAAAAUAAUAGGUUGGCUAAAUGAAGAUCAGAGGAAGGAUGCUGGUUUCUUGGUAGACAUUUUGUACAGUGCCCUUCGUUGCUGUGAUAGUAAUAUGGAAAGAAAAGCUGUCUUGGAUGAUCUGAUUGAGGUGGAUCUGAAAUGGAAUUCUAUUCUUCAGAUCAUUGAAAAGGCAUGUUCUAGUUCAGAGAAACAUGCUUUAGUAACCCCUUGGCUAAAAGGAGAGAUCCUUGGCGAGAAAUUGGUAACCUUGGCAGAUCAUCUUUGUAAUAAGGACUUGGAAUCCACAGUAUCUUCUGAAUCUUAUUUCUCAGAAAGAUGGAGUCUUUUAAGCUUGGCAUUAUCCCAACAUAUUAAAAAUGAUUACUUGAUUGGAGAAGUAUAUGUUGAAAGAAUUAUUGUUAAACUUCAUGAAACUUUAUGCAAAGCAAAGAAAUUGUCAGAAGCUGAAAAUAAUGACUCAUCAGUGUCUUUUAUCUGUGAUGUGGCCUAUAACUAUUUCAGCUCAGCGAAAGGAUGCUUGCUAAUGCCAUCAUCUGAAGAUUUAUUAUUAACUCUCUUUCAGUUGUGUGCUGAUAGCAAAGAAAAAACACAUUUGCCAGAGUUUCUUAUCAGUAAACUGAAAAAUACUUGGCUCUCUGGUGUGAAUUUAUUGGUGCAUCAAACUGGUGACACCUAUAAACAGAGUACCUUCCUGCGUUUAUCUGCUCUGUGGCUGAAGGACCAAGUUCAGUCUUCAUCAUUGGAUAUCACAAGUCUUCAGGUCCUCUUGUCUGCUGUUGAUGAUUUGCUAAAUGCUCUUCUAGAGAGUGAAGAUACUUAUCUUCUGGGAGUUUAUAUUGGAAGUGUAAUGCCAGACAACAGUGAAUGGGAAAAGAUGAGACAGUCUCUUCCUAUGCAGUGGUUGCAUAGACCUCUUUUAGAAGGAAGAUUGAGUUUGAAUUAUGAGUGUUUCAAAACAGAUUUUAAGGAACAAGAAACAAAGAAACUUCCCAGCCAUUUGUGUACUUCAGCCUUAUUGAGCAAAAUGAUGUUAGUUGCGCUGAAAAAGGAAAUAGUCCUAGAAAAUAAUGAGCUUGAGAAAAUAAUUGCAGAACUGCUCUAUUCAUUGCAGUGGUAUGAAGAAUUAGACAAUCCGCCUAUUUUUCUAACUGGAUUUUGUGAAAUGCUUCAAAAAAUGAAUAUUACAUAUGAUAACUUAUGUGGCUUUGGUAAUACUUCUGGCCUUUUGCAGCUGUUAUUUAACAGAUCCAGGGAAAAUGGCACCCUUUGGUCUCUUAUUAUUGCUAAGUUGAUCCUUUCCCGAAGUGUUUCAUCUGAUGAAGUAAAACGGCAUUAUAGGAGAAAAGAAGGUUUUUUCCCACUAACAGAAGGUAACAUGCAUACUGUUCAAAGUCUCUGUCCAUUUUUGUCAAAAGAAGACAAGAAAGAAUUCAUCGCUCAAUGUAUACCUGCCCUUUUGGCCUGGACCAAGGAAGAUGUUUGCAGUAUUAAUGGGGGUUUUGGACAUCUUGCCAUUUUCAAUUCUUGUCUGCAAACCAAAAGCAUAGAUGAUGGAGAGCUAUUACAUGGUAUAUUAAAAAUUCUGAUAACCUGGAAGAAAGAUCAUGAAGAUAUUUUUCUUUUCAGUUGUAAUCUGUCAGAAGUAAGUCCAGAGAUACUGGGUGUAAAUGUAGAAAUAAUCCGGUUCCUUUCCCUGUUUCUGAAAUACUGCUCAGCUCCUUUGGCAGAGAGUGAAUGGGAUUUCAUCAUGUGCUCCAUGUUGGCUUGGUUGGAGACAACAAAUGAGAAUCAGGCAUUGUAUUCUGUUCCACUUGUACAACUGUUUGCCUGUGUCAGCUGUGAUUUGGCUUGUGAACUCAGUGCUUUUUUUGAUUCCACACCUCUGGAUACCACUGGCAGUCUUCCUGUAAAUCUAAUCAGUGAAUGGAAAGAGUUUUUUUCUCCAGGCAUCCACAGUUUGCUUUUACCUCUUUUGGUGACUGUUACAGGAGAAAGCAAAGAUACAUCUGAAACAUCAUUUCAGAAUGCAAUGCUGAGACCCAUGUGUGAAACAUUAACUUAUAUCCCAAAGGAUCAACUGUUGAGUCAAAAACUCCCUGCAAGAUUGGUUGCUGGCCAAAAAACAAACUUGCCAGAGUACCUCCAGACUUUGUUAAACACAUUAGCCCCGUUACUCCUUUACAGAGCUCGGCCCGUGCAAAUUGCUGUUUAUCAUAUGCUAUACAAAUUGAUGCCUGAAUUCCCACAAUGUGAUCAGGAUAAUCUAAAGUCAUAUGGAGAUGAAGAAGAAGAACCAGCCUUGUCACCACCUGCAGCACUGAUGUCUCUUCUUAGCACUCAAGAAGACUUACUAGAAAAUGUUUUGGGGUGUAUUCCUGUUGGACAGAUAGUUACUAUUAAGCCACUGAGUGAAGACUUCUGCUAUGUUCUGGGAUACCUCCUCACUUGGAAGUUGAUACUUACUUUCUUCAAAGCUGCUUCAUCUCAGCUUCGAGCUCUGUAUUCAAUGCAUCUUCGAAAAACAAAAAGUUUGAACAAAUUGCUCUAUCACCUGUUCAGGCUUAUGCCAGAAAAUCCAACCUUUGCAGAGACAGCUGUUGAGCUCUCCAAUAAGGACCCUAAAACGUUCUUUACAGAAGAGCUCCAGUUGGGUAUUAGAGAUACCUCAACUCUUCCAUACCAUAUUCCACACUUGGCUUGUUCAGUCUAUCACAUGACAUUAAAAGACUUGCCCGCCAUGGUUAGGCUGUGGUGGAAUAGUAGUGAGAAGCGUGUUUUCAAUAUUGUAGAUAGAUUUACAAGCAAGUACGUUAGCAGUGUUCUCUCUUUUCAAGAAAUAUCUUCUGUGCAAACAAGUACACAGCUAUUUAAUGGCAUGACGGUUAAAGCUCGAGCUACUACUCGAGAAGUCAUGGCCACUUAUACUAUUGAGGAUAUAGUUAUUGAACUUAUAAUACAGCUGCCUUCAAAUUAUCCAUUGGGUUCAAUAACAGUAGAAAGUGGGAAAAGAGUAGGAGUGGCCGUUCAGCAGUGGCGAAACUGGAUGCUGCAGCUAAGCACGUACCUCACGCAUCAAAAUGGAAGUAUUAUGGAAGGCUUAGCAUUAUGGAAAAAUAACGUAGACAAACGUUUUGAGGGUGUUGAAGAUUGCAUGAUUUGUUUCUCAGUCAUUCACGGUUUCAACUAUUCUCUUCCCAAAAAAGCUUGUAGAACAUGCAAGAAAAAGUUCCAUUCAGCCUGCUUGUACAAAUGGUUUACGUCUAGCAACAAAUCCACUUGUCCACUGUGUCGUGAGACCUUUUUCUGAGAUUCCCCCCGCAUUGGAAUUCAUCCCUGAUGUAAAUCACGCAAAGGCAGUGGAUUUGGAUUCAUCUUGAAGUGUUGAUGUGAGGAGGCCAGUGAGCAUUACUUUCAAAUAGGACCUUCUCUGGAAAAUUAUUUUGGUUGAUGUAAUGAUCCUAAAAUCAGGUUUACUUAUCUUUAGAUUGCUUUGUAAAUGUUUGGAAACCUUUUCUUUUACAUAAGAAUAUUACAUAUUGGAGAGAAAAUAUUUAUAUUAAUAGUUUAAUCUCUUUGUACAUUUAAAAAUAAAUAUGGAAAAACCCUAAAUUACAGAAUUGAAAUCUGUGACAGCAUUGUACCACUGUAUUAUACUGAUAAACCCAUUCAGUUUCUUGAUCCAUGCUUUAGAACAGUCCAAGUGACGUAAAUGAAUUGGAAGGGUUGAUUUACCUCUACAGAUAUUUUAUUGAGAGGGUUGAUUUACAUCUACAGAUAUUUUAAGACUUAUUUAUUAGUUAUGACAACAAAAUUGAUUAGUAUUCUGAUAUUUGUAGAUUAUUUUAAUGAUAAAAUGACAUUAAGCUAUUAACAUAGCUUAUCAUAAUUUAAAGCAUGCUCUGAAAUCCUGUAUAAAAGAGUACAAACUGAACUUUCAGGUGCCUCCAUUUAUCAAGGGUUACAAAAUUCAGAGAAGUUCAUGACACUGAUGAAGAAGAAUUUCCUUGUACUAGUGAAAUUUGAAUUGCAGACUUGUCAGUGAAUUUAUUACUCAGUUGGAAUGAGUCUCCAGUGGGUGAGAGUUUGAGAGAAACAGGAGUUAGAUUACUUUAUUCGUGAAGCAGAGUGGUAGUUAUUCCUCUAUCAAGAGGGAAGAAAUAAACGAUUUAUUUCUGAAAGUUAAGAGUGGUGGAAAAAACAAAAAAAUAUUAAAAUGUUGUAGGAGGCUUUCAAUUUUGUAAGCAAAUUUUGCUAUUCUUAUGGUCAAAGUUACACUAAAUUAGAGAGUUGAGGGGAGCUAAUUUUUUCUAGCCUUAGAAGUGCAAGUUAAGAAUUUUAAUACUAAGUGAAAUUCAGGAUAACAGACUGAAGUGGGGUGGGUGAAAACCUGCCUUUUGCCACAGCACUAUUGCCCUUAAAAAUUGUGCCCAAGAUAUAAAAGUGUAGAAGUUUGGAACUUGGAAUAAUUUUAUUGCAGUCUUCCAUCACGUGGGAGAUAUUAGCAUAUCUAAUAGCAAGGUUACUUGAAGGAUCUGCUAUCAUCUCUGUUGCAAGUGUUUAAUUGGCAAAAAGCAACUCAUAUUAAAUAAAAUUAUUGCUUACCAUCAACUGGGUAAAAUGGUUAUUAUUGAAAUAGUAUGAAUGUGGUCAGAGCAUUGUAGUGGAGAGUGAAGUAUUACGUGUGAGUUAAAGAUCUCAAGUUGUAUUUGUAGAUCCAGUGUCCUGCCCAGUUUUGUCUUUCUCUUAAAUUUUUCUCUGUAAUAUUUAUUAUCUUAUAGCCUUGAGGCUCAAGGAGUCAGUAAGUGAAGUACAGAUAGCAGAAUUCUACUACCUCUUCUUAACCCCUUUCUUAAAAUAUUCUCUAUGUCUCUGACCUUGUAAACCCAAAGGAUUGUGUUACUCCUCUGUGAAAACUAAACAUUUUUCCGUUAAAAAUUAUUUUAUAAUAAGACUUUGUUUAUAACUUUUCCAGUAUUGGUACGUCUUGGCUUCUGACCCAAACCCUAAGUAGAAAAGAAAAGGGAAUAACAGAGCGUUGUUUUUCCACAUUAUUAUUUAGGGCAUCAGGUUCUUGGUGAAACACUAUAAUUAAGUGGGAUACCUACCCUUCAUACUUAAGACUCUUAGCACAUUUCUUUGAGACUUUUAAAUAUAAAUGUAAAGCUUGUUAUUGUUUAUAUGCUAAAGAAAAAGCUUUCCAAAAUAAGACUGCAGUUCAGAAUAUCACAUUAAUUAAAGUUUAUUUAUGUAGCUUUGACAACUCAAGAACAUCCCUUAAAAUUCUAGCAUAAGGACAUUUUAAAACUGCAUGAGAUUCAAAGCCCAUUAGCAAAAUUAUUAAUUUUAAAACCUUAAUGUAAAUUGCAAAUUUUAGAAUUUAUUUUUAACUCUUAUUUAUCCCAUGCUGUAAUGUAUGUACAUAAGUUUCUGUGGCUUAAAACAAUGUUAUUACUUGACAGAUUUUUGUGGUGUGAAUAAUUAAUGUUAUUAUUUGAUUGUUAUACCAUAUGUGCCCAUUAAAAUUCUUUUUAAUUGCAAAAUAUUUCAAAUAUACAUGAUAAUAAUAAUAUAAAUGCCCUUGUACUCUUCAUAAACUAUUUUGCCAUAUUUGCUUCGAAUUUUUAAAGAAAUAAAAUGUUACUCUUUUGUACUCUUCCCUGAGGCCAUCUCCUCCUUCCCUCCAUAAAGCUGACCCACUA